UCCAAAGUUCCUUUCACUGGAACUAAGGGGCCAAGCCCAGCUCCUGAAAAACAACCCCACACCAUAAUUCCUCCUCCACCAAAUUUCACAGUCGGCACAAUGCGGUCUGAAAUGUACCGUUCUCCUGGCAACCUCCAAACCCAGACUCGUCCAUCAGAUUGCCAGAUGGAAAAGCGUGAAUCAUCACUCCAGAGAACGCGUCUCCACUGCUCUAGAGGCCAGUGGCGGCGUGCUUUACACCAUUGCAUCCGACGCUUUGCAUUGCACUUGGUGAUGUGUGGCUUGGCUGCAGCUGCUCGGCCAUGGAAACCCAUUCCAUGAAGCUCUCUGCGUACUGUACUUGGGCUAAUCUGAAGGUCACAUGAAGUUUGUAGCUCUGUAGCAAUUGACUGUGCAGAAAGUCGGCGACCUCUUUGCACUAUGCGCUUCAGCAUCCGCUGACCCCUCUCCGUCACUUUACGUGGCCUACCACUUCGUGGCUGAGUUGCUGUUGUUCCCAAACGCUUCCAUUUUGUUAUAAUAGAGCUGACAGUUGACUGUGGAAUAUUUAGGAGCGAGGAAAUUUUACGACUGGAUUUGUUGCACAGGUGGCAUCCUAUGACAGUUCCACGCUGGAAUUCACUGAGCUCCUGAGAGCGGCCCAUUCUUUCACAAAUGUCUUGUUUCACAGUCUGCAUGCCUGAGUGCUUGAUUUUAUACACCUGUGGCCAGGCCAAGUGAUUAGGACACCUGAUUCUGAUCAUUUGAAUGGGUGAGCGAAUACUUUUGGUAAUAUAGUGUAUAUCGACAUUGAUCCAACAGACUGUCACUCUACAUUAAUAUAUAUCUAUGACAGCAUAGAUCCAACAGACCGUAUGAACAUAGAUAUUGAUCAGAUAGAUAUAUCAGUUGUUGUCAGUCUGUGUGCGUAGCCUGCUGGAGCGUGCGCGUGCCCGCGGAGCAGUGAGCGCGCCUGCUGGUGCUGAUGGAGCGGAGCCUCGUGCAGAGGGAGCAGCUCAGCGUGAGGAGGAGGAGGAGGAGGAGCGGGGACCCUCCGUCCGAUCAGAUCAUCGAUCCGUGAUGAUCGAUCCGCGGUCGCGCUGAUCAGCUGAUCUCCGAGCGGCUGCACGAGGCGACAAUCAGCAGCACCAAUCAGUGAUCAAUCGAUCACACCUUCUGGGGUGACACGCGGCGGGAGACAAUCAGCUGGUCCCGGACCCUGCUGGACCCUGCUGGAUCUGGGGUCCCUCCGGAGGAUGUGAGCGGCGGUCCGCAGGCCGGAGCCCCGCCGGAGCCGCAGGAAGCCCCGCAGCAGGUCAGAAGACCUAAAGACGGUUUAACCCCCUCUACAGGCCGGCCGAGGAAGUGGACCUCUAACAGCUAGCAGCUAAGGGCUAACGGUUAGCAGGUCCCUGGAGUGGCGUCCUGCUGCGUUGAGGCUGUUGAUGGCCGCAGGAGUGAACUACUGGAGCUCUUAUGAACCCAGUUACAAGGUGAGUGAGAGCGUGUGGGGCGGCGAACACGAGUCCUGCAGUAGUGAGGAGGGAGGAGGCGGGGUCACAUGGGACACACACGCCAUGGAGGUCAAAGGUCAACUCAUCUCAGCACCUGACCCCCUCAGCUAUCCCGACAGGAAGCAGCGGGAGCGAAUGGCGGAGCUGCAGGAGAGGAGGCGGGGCCUGCAGGCGCUGCUGAGCACCCGAUUGGCUGAGCUCAGACGCAUCUGUCUGCAGGAGGCAGAGCUGACGGGGGCGGUGCCAAGUGACUUUCCCCUGGAGGUGGGAGAGAAGCUGCCAUGUGUCCGCCGGAGAGGGGGUGUGACUCGCCAAGCAAACAGGAAGUGCAGAAUAGAGGAGGAAGACUCUCAGCGUCCAAAGCCUAAGAAAACUUUAUUCAGUGGAGCUCUGAGGAAACACAGUGACCAUGAACACAACACACACACACACCACGGCAAGAGGACUGUCCACAGAGGCUGCCACACAGACGACACAGUGAGGUCAGAGAGCAGCUCAACGUCAGACUCGACAGGACUUGAUAAUGAUGACGGUGUGUCUCAGUGUCGCCCCCCGCUGGUCUCUGCUGGUUCUCCAGUUGAAGUUUUCUACCAGAACAAAACCAGAAGAAACUCACUGCACAACAGGUCGGACUAUCCGGAGACUCUUCAAAAGCCCCUCCCCCUGCCCCCCUCCCACCCUCCUGCCCCCCCCACCCAUUCUCAGGACUCGUCCUCGUGCCCCUCUGAUCCUGGUCCUGGGGGGGAUGGCAGGGUCCGUGUGAAUGUUGCUCGCCACAGUAACAGCUCGGAUGGCCUCUGGACCGCAGCGACCCCCCAGAGGAGGAGGCGGGGCCUCAGCAGGGGAGUUUGGGUAAACGGCCUGCAGGGGUCCAGAGGCACGACGGCAGUGUUCAGGAGCUCCGAGACUCUGACGGACGGACGCAUGAGGGCGAGGGCGAGGACAAAUAAUGGGCUUCCAGAGGGUGGGGGGGCAGGGCGGGGGCGAGGGGGUGGGGCCAGAGGAGGUGGGUACAGUGAGGUGCUGCUGGACUACGUUUGGGGGAAGCAGCAGCAGUUGCAGCGGCAGCAGUCCCAGUCCAGCAGCCGGCAGCCAAUCACGGCGCACCACCAGCCGCUCUACAACGGGUACUCCGCCCAGCACCCCUCUGCUGCCCCGCCCACCUACCGCGGUCAACCCGGAGACCAGCGGCGAGUCAAAGUGACCCGAACCAAGUCCUGCGGGCCCUUCCUGCCGGUGCAGCAGAGCCAGACCGAUACCCAUAGUCCUCCUCUGACCGCCAUCCAGCCAGACCCCCACCCCCACCUGCUGCCCCCUCGCCCCCCACAGCUGCCCCCCGCCCAGGAUGCCCAGCUGGAGGAGGCUACCAGGAGCCUGCACAAGGCCUUGGCCCUGGAAGGUCUGAGGGACUGGUACCUGCGGAACACGAUAGGCUCAGCCCACCAAAACCAGCCCAACAGCAAGGUCAACGCCGGGGUCAACACCAAGGUCAAUGGGGGGGUCAAAGGUCAGGCUGGAGGGGGCGGAGCUCUGCAGGACAGACGGAGGACGACUCACGGGGUCCUCCAGCCGUCAACCUUUAAGACGGAGACAAGUCAUCACCAAGCUGCAACGCAUCAAAAGAAGACGCUGCCGCAUUCUGCCACCUUCCACGGACACCCACUGCACGGCAGGUCGGUGGAAGGCUCGCUGUAUCCCGACAUCCCUCAGAAACAGGAAGACCAGCCGUCUCCUGGGACUCUGGUCUGAUUCUCCGACCAAUCAGGAUGCCGAUGGACAGACAGGAGGACCAAUCCCGGGCUGGAUCCCUGGGAUCAGCAGGGACCUGGAGGACAAUCAGGAGAGCCUGGAGAACCUGGAGAACCUGGAGAACCUGGAGAACCAGGUCCUCGGUGAUUCUCCUUGGGUUGAGUUUCACCUGAACCCCACCCCCACGCCCACCAUGAUGUCACUCAGAGGGGGAUGAUGUCACUGUCCUGUGGAGGGCGGGGUCUGGCCUCAGGACUUACCGCCCAGAGGGAUUCUGGGUAAAAAGCGGCUGUCAUGUGACACGUUUCAAACUGAGCGUCAGGUGUUUUUUUUACUGUCGGAUGUUUUUUACAUUUUCUACAAGGACGUCUGCGGUCUGACUCUGCGCCGACAAUCAGAACACGCCCACCUUUUAUAGCAGCCUUUCAUAAAGAGACAAUGAUAUCACCAGCUGACAUCAGUAGCUCCGCCCACAGAUGGCGACCUGUGUGACCCUCAGGUGAGUCCAGACACCAGCAGGUGACCCUCUUCAGGUAUUCUCACAUCUCUACACUACGUGUGACCAGGUCUCCGCUCUGAGAGCAAUAAGAGGGGCGGGGCCUCCGCGGCGUGCGGCGUGGAUGAACCGUGGACUGUUCAGGAUGAAAAUGGUUUGCAGCGACAAUCAGAUGAUGAUGUCAGAGUGUUGAAGCGUCAGUAAAACUGUCUUUUACAGACGCCCAUGAACUCACCGCGAAUGAAACCAGCAUCGGAUGAUCAUCAGCGAGUUGAUUAUUAAUUAUUGAUUACUGAUCAAUGACAUGUCUCUCUGUGUGUUGUGAUUAACGUGUGUGCUUUUUACUCUGAGUCCACUUUCUGUCUCUCCUUCAUGGAAACCAGUCCGACCUCCAGCUGCCUCUCACAGGAAGCCACGGUCACAUGACAUGGUCACAUGAGGCGGUCACAUGACAUGGUCACAUGACGCGGUCACACAUGACACUGCAGUCGCGCGCCGAGUUUCUCUGCAGCAGAAAUGUUUCCUGAUGGUUGUUUUUGUUCUUUCAUCAGAUCGUGUUGUUGUUGUCAUAGCGUCAUGGCGCUCUUCCUGUUUCCUGACGCAGGGCGGACGAGCUGAUUGGCUGUCGGUUUGGUGUGUUCAGGUGAACUUUCAGGUGGUUUCGGGGCCUGACCGAGUGCUGCCGUCUGGUUGGCUGCAGACACUGUCAUGUGACUGCAGCUUCUGAGGAGCAGGAAGAGUCCCAGCAUGCACUUCUUCUAACUCACACCAAAGCAGGAAACAGAAAUAUGUAAAUACCGUCUGAUACUGCAGUACCAAUACUUCACACCGGCAGGCUACUGCACAGUACAAAUACUCUGCACACACCAACCAAACCCUGUUCACAUGUCAGAGGAUUUAAGGCCGUCUGUGUAUCGCUCUGAGUUCUCUGACAUGUCCUCAAAGUACUCUGACAUGUCCUUGCAGUAUUCUCUGAUGCGUCCUUGCAGCAUUUGUUCAGAGUACUUUUACUGCAGACUGCUGGUGUAUUAGUAGUAUUGGUACUGCCCGUGUUGUCCCAGUAUUUGCUCCCUUCAGGUCCAGCUGUUGUCCCGCAGUGGACGGUCUGUCCUCAGCGAUGCGUUCAGGUGCACUCUGUACAGUCAGGACUUUGUGUAAAAAUAAUUUUUUAUCUUUGUGGCUCGUUUGUAUUUUUUCACUCUUUCUGUCGGAGGAGAAAAUAA